CAAGAACUCCUUGGUGGCUCUUGAUAUGGCAUUUGAGACGGUGCAGGUGCCCUGGAGCCCGGAGCACCAGAUCCAGCGGCCAGUGCUCACAAGCCAAGUCCUGGACAAGGAGGAGAAAGCUGCCUUCCCGCUGAAUGGCCAAGCCCCUCGGUAUCUGCACUUCGCCUCGAGCCAGGAGAACCAGUGGGGUCAUCAGCGCAGCUACCGCAUCCAGAUCGUCAGCUUUGCAGGCGAGCACCUGCCCGAGACAAGCACCAUGGAGAAGUCGAUCAGCUGGGGCAGGUACAAGGUGGCGGUCACCAAGCAGAAGGAGGAGGAGCUGACCAGCACCUGCAUCUAUAACCAGAACGACCCCUGGGAGCCCUUGGUGGCCUUUGUCGACUUCAUCGACAACGAGACCAUCACCAACGAG